AGAGGGAGGAGUCACUGGUGAGGAUAAAUACAUGUCACUCUGCAGUGGGAAGAACAACACAGCAGGCAGGCAGCAACCAGAUCAUCAGGACCAAGCUGUUGCAAACUCGGGUAGCUGCCUUCAGCUCUGCAGGAUACCAGAGUGAUGGCUGAGAUCUCCCCUGAUGUCCUCUCCAGACCAGAUGGCACCAUGGGAAGGGAUACUGCAGGCCAGGAAAAUCAAAACAGCAGAACAUCAGGGGAGAAUCAAAGAAUGACAUCCAGCAACAAUGACUUUGCCUUCAGCCUCUACAAGGAGCUGGUCUUAAAGAACCCAGACAAAAACAUCGUCUUCUCCCCAUUCAGCAUCUCAACUGCCUUGGCCGUCCUAUCCCUGGGAGCAAGAAGCAAAACCCUGGAAGAGAUUCUAGAAGGUCUCAAGUUUAAUUUCAGCAAAGCCUCUGAGGCAGACAUCCACCAGGACUUUGGGCACCUCCUCCACAUGCUCAGCCAGCCAGGGGACCAGGUGCAGAUCAGCACAGGCAGCGCCAUGUUUGUAGAAAAGCGCCUGCAGAUGCUGACGGAGUUCAAAGAGAAGGCCAGGGCAUUCUACCAGGCCGAGGCCUCCAUGACCGACUUCCAGCAGCCUCAUGAGGCUGUAAAGCUCAUCAAUGACUAUGUGAGGAAACAGACCCAGGGGAAGAUCAAGGACCUGAUCUCAGACCUGGAUAAGGAUGCAUUAAUGGUGCUGGUGAACUACAUCUACUUUAAAGGGAAAUGGAAGUUUCCCUUUGACCCUCGUGACACAUUCGAAUCUGAGUUUCACUUGGAUAAGGACAGAUCUGUGAAGGUGCCCAUGAUGAACAUUGAGAACCUGACCACACCUUACUUCCGGGAUGAGGAGCUGUCCUGCACUGUGGUGGAGCUAAAGUACACAGGCAAUGCCAGCGCCCUGUUCAUCCUCCCUGACCAGGGCAGGAUGCAGCAGGUGGAAGCCAGCCUGCAGCCAGAGACCCUGAGGAAGUGGAGAGACUCUCUGAGGCACAGGAAGAUCGAUGAGCUCUCCCUGCCCAAGUUCUCCAUCUCCACAGACUACAGCCUGCAGGACAUCCUUCCACAGCUGGGCAUCAGGAAAGUCUUCUCCACACAGGCUGAUCUGUCUGGGAUCACAGGGUCCAAGGACCUGAGAGUCUCUCAGGUGGUCCACAAGGCUGUGCUGGACGUGGCUGAGAAAGGCACAGAAGCAGCGGCUGCCACAGGAGUCAAAUGGAUCCCCUGCUGUGCAAAAUAUAUUUCAGUGUCAGUGCGUUUCAACAGGCCAUUCCUGAUGUUUGUCUCAGAAGCAAAUACACAGAUGACCCUCUUUCUGGCCAAAAUCUCCAACCCCAAGUAUGGCUAGAACUUUCCAAUGUGAGAGCCUUCUGCCCAGGUGCCCUGGAGGGAGCAUGCAUGUGGGUGUGUGCAUCCUGAACAAAAUUCUCUGAUUGGCAUUGUACACUUGGCUUUGACAGUGACUGUGACUAACUCUAUGGUGCCGACAUGCACAGGAGUCUUAGACUUAGGUGUCCAUCUCUCAGUCCUCCUGGGAGCAUCUGCUCAUGCUUUGAACCUGGAAUCUGUCUUUAUGCCCUCCCCUUGCUCACUGCCCUGUAUGUGCUAUACCCCAAGUGUGGGCACUGGCAGGUAGGCUCCGUCAGGGCAAUCUCUGGGCACAUCUGCUUUCAGUUUCCACAACCUUGCUGGGAUCAUACAAGCUUACAGGCCAAUCCUGAGGAUCAGGCCCAGGACUGAGAGGAAACCUGCCGCACUGAAUCUCAUUUCCGCAUCGGGUACCACCUGGUGACAAGUUCCUCCUUUGUGCUUCCUUUCUCCAGUCCGCAGGCUCUGCUACCCACAGCCCUUUGUAGUAAUCUGACCAAUGCUUCAGGCUUCACACAUGUUGACAGGGGAUUGAUCAGAAAGACUCCUCUUCUGAUAGCACCCUUACUUAUGGUAGAGCACCCAUUUUCUUACUCUGCAGCUAUCACCCUCAAAUGCCAGAUUGAUAUCCCUGUAUUCCUUACCCUAAAUGCAGGGCUUGCAACAAAGGAUCAAUAAACAUAUAACUGCA